AUGAUCAAAUGCUUGAUAUUUACUCAAAUCCAAACUUGCUUAGGAAUAAUUCCUAUCUUUGCAGAUGUGAUAUUGAAAUACAGGGACAGGAUAGCUCAGUUGGAGACAGAUGCUCUGGAAGUGAGCAAAGCUAGAAAACAACUAGAAGGUGAUGCCAAUCUUGGUGACAGACAGAGAACCUGGUUCCAGAGCCAUAGAGAACGAAUGCAGGAACAAGAUGCCUUGAGAUUGGGGGACUUCUCAAAACUUCCAUCCAACAGUAAAAAAUUAAAAAAUAAGAUUAAGAAAAAAGAGUUCACACCUGAUGAGCGUGUGGAGUUUGAAAUGACAAAGACACAAGCCUUCCAGGCACGUCAUGCUAAGCGAGAACGUCAACAGAAACGUAUGCAUGUCUUUGACGAUGACGAAGAUAAACCUAAAGGUAAGAAGCCAAAGAGAAAGCCCUCACAGCAAAGGUCAACAUUUGAGAGGGAGUUAACCAGCACAAGUGGCAAGGCCCUUAAGCAGAUCAGAGCUGGGCCAUCACGGGAAAAUUUAAAUCUAAAAGCAGAUUUAAGAGGAGAUGAAAGAGCUGAAACAACAGAUUUGAUGCAAUACGCUAAAGAACGCCCUCUAAAUUACCAUCCCAUAAACGGACAUUUCUCAAUAUUAGCUAUUCUUGCAAUCUUAGAUUCAGGGAUUCUUUGCUAA